GGCCGAUCCCAUCCGCAGUUCCGCACGCGUAGUCCCCCUGUUCUCCUUCUGUCCAUCUCCGUCCGACGGCGACGUGUCUAAACCGUGCCUGCGACGAAGUGACGACACACGCGACACGGCAAAGGCCAAGAAGACCGAGUCAUACUAACCAGAGUCCCUCGAAAAAGAAAGCAAAAAUCGGCUUGACUAUCGUCCAUCGUGCACGCUAAGUACGCCUGUCCAUCGCGAUCCAUCCAUCACGCGCGCGCCAUUCGCCAUGCAGCAGUCCCUGAAUGCGAAGCAUUUCUCCCCGGCGCCGCCCCUCGUGCUCCUCCUCCUCCUCCUGGCCGCGGCAAGCAUCCCUGCAUCCCACGCGGGGGUAAACUGCGGCAGCAGCUCACAGCCAUCCCCGGCUGCGUCCGCUUCUUCUCCCUCCCCAUCACCCGCACCCGCACCGACGAAUUCCAACAGCAGCAGCAGCAGCGCGUUCCGGACCAACCUCCUGACGCUCCUCGACGCGCUCCCACGAGCCGCGGCGGCCACGGGGUUCGCCUCCCUGUCCACCCCGGGCACCGGCCCCGACCGCGCCUUCGUCCGCGGCCUCUGCCGCGGCGACUCCACCCCGUCCGAGUGCCUCUCGAACCUUCAAUCCGCCGCCCGUGACAUCGCCGGCCGCUGCCCGUCCUCCAGCCGGAGCGCGGGCGGCUGGUACGAGAAGUGCUACAUCACCUACGCCGACACCAACGACACGGCAGCCUACGAGCAGCUCAUCAGAGCCCUGGUCGUCGACGCCCGCAGGGUGUCCGACCCGGACGGCUACGAGGAGACGUACUACGCGCUGAUGGACCGCCUCGUGGCCCGGGCGGCCAGCACCGGCGGCAACGGCUCGGCGCGGACGUUCUUCGCGACGGGGGAGGCGGAGUACGCACGAGGCGAGCCCGACGGGACCAUGUACGGGCUCGUCCAGUGCAUGAGGGACCGCAGCGCCGUGGAGUGCCAGCGGUGCCUGCGGGCGAUUGUGCCGUGGCUGCCUUUGUGCUGCCGGGGACAAAGCGGAGGGGUGGCGCAGAACUUCAACUGCCACCUGCGGAUCCAGAUAUACACCUACUACGACGUGGCGCUCGACGCGCCGCCUCCGGCUUCUCCGUCACUGCCGGAACUCCCUUCGCCGUCGCCUGCCGGAGACAGACAAGGAAAGAGGAGAUCGGGACAUGUCAUCCUCACAGCUACCCUGCUUCCAGUUGGAACACUCCUCUUCCUAGCCGCCGUGCUCGUUUGUGUUUACCUGCAGAGGAGAAGGGUCAAGGCGAACACUGAACCACGAGAUGAUACUAGAGAUGAGGACACCACGUACGUCCAUCCGGAACAAUUUACUCUGCCGUUGCUGAGGGCCGCGACGGGUAACUUCGCGGCAGAAAACAAGCUGGGAGAGGGGGGUUUCGGGCAAGUUUUCAAGGGUAAACUGCCGGAUGGGCAAGCGAUAGCAGUGAAAAGGCUGUCCAAGAGCUCCUCGCAGGGGUUCCACGAGCUGAAAAAUGAGCUAGUGCUCGCCGCCAAGCUAAGGCACAGGAACCUCGUGCACCUUCUCGGGGUGUGCUUGGAGGAGCAGGAGAAGCUGGUCGUGUACGAGUAUCUGCCAAACAGGAGCCUCGACACCGUCCUUUUCGAUAAUGGGCGACGGCGGCGGCGGCAUGGCCUGGACUGGGGGAAAAGGCACGCAAUCAUCCGCGGGAUUGCUCGCGGCCUGCAGUAUCUGCACGUGGAUUCGCGGCUGAGGGUCAUCCACCGAGACCUGAAGCCGAGCAACGUGUUGCUGGACGAGAGCAUGAACCCCAAGAUCUCGGAUUUCGGGCUGGCUCGAGCGUUCCGGGGAGACCAGUCCAGAGACGUGACCAGGCGAGCAGCUGGUACCCUGGGUUACAUGGCGCCGGAGUACGCGUACUGUGGGCACGUCUCCACGAAGUCGGACAUCUUCAGCUUCGGAGUCAUCCUGCUGGAGAUCGUGACGGGUCGGAGGAACAACAGCCCGAGCCAAGACACCAACACCAAAAACUUGCUAAGCGAUGUGUGGGAGAAGUGGAGGGCGGGAUCAGUGGCGGAGAUAGCGGACGCGUCGCUUGGCGAUCUGUACCCGCGGGCCGAGAUGCUCCGCUGCGUGCACGUCGGGCUCCUCUGUGUCCAGAAGGAACCGGCGCUCAGGCCCGACGCGUCGGAGGUCGUGCUGAUUCUGCACAGCCAGUCGACGUCGCUGCAGGUGCCCUCCAGGCCGGCGUUCUAUUCCGGCACCACCGUCAGCGGCGUCGCCUCGCGUGUUGGUACUGCAAACGUUUCGGUGAACGGUGUGACCAUGUCAGAGUUUGAAGGCAGAAAACAACUAACCUGGAGCGGGCGGCAGCGAGGAUCGGACGGCCGGAUCCGGAGGUGCCAAGGAAGGACGCGGAGCGGCCGGGUCGGCGUCGGCGGGGCGCGGUGCGAGGCAGUGGCGGCGGCGGCCGCAGGUUCUUCGGAUGGAUUCAAAGUUUUGAUGCUCGAGGACUUCCUUGAUGUCAUCGACAAGCCUCCCAUCGCCAUGCCGUCCCUGAUGGUGAUCACGUCCCCAGGCCCAGCGCCGCCCCUCGUGCUCCUCCUCUUCCUCGCCGCAAGCUUUGUCGCUUCCCAAGCGGGGGUAAACUGCGGCGACGACUCGCCUGCCCCAGCACCAGCACCGACGACGUCCAACAGUACCACCACCAACAACAGCAGCGCGUACCGCGCCAACCUCCUGGCGCUCCUGGACGCCCUCCCGCGUGCCGCGGCGCCCACGGGGUUCGCCUCUCUGUCCCUGGGCGCCGGCCGCGACGACCGCGCCUUCGUCCGGGGCAUCUGCCGCGGGGACUCCACCGCGUCCGAGUGCCUCGCCAACCUGCAAGACGCCGUCCGCGACUUCAGCGGGCGGUGCUCCUCCAGCCGGCGCGCGGCAGCGUGGUACGACAAGUGCUGCAUCACCUACGCCGACACCAACGCCACGACUAAUACUGGCUCGGACGACCUGGAGGCGCGCUUGGGCGAGGUGCUCUACGACGGCCGCAGAGUGGCCGAUCCGGAUAACUACGAGCAGACGUACUACGCGCUGAUGAAGCGCCUGGUGGCGCGGGCGGCCAACAACGUCGGUGGCAACGGCAACGGAUCGGCGCGGACAUCCAUGUUCGCCACCGGGGAGGCGGAGUACACCCGCAGCGACCCCAACAGGACCAUGUACGGCCUCGUGCAGUGCAUGAGGGACCUCAGCGCCGCGGACUGCGACCGGUGCCUGCGGGAGUCCGUGCCGCAGCUGCCGAGGUGCUGCUGGGGAUAUCAGGGAGGAGUGGUGCGCAACUUCAACUGCCACCUGCGGGUUCAGAUAUAUACCUACUACGACCUGGCGCUCGACGCGCCGCCUCCCGCUGCCGCGCCAAUAACCACGUCUGUCCCCUCGCCGUCCUCCGCCGGAGAAACCCGCGGAAACAGGAGCAUCCUUGCAGUUGCCAUUUCAAUUGGAACACUACUCGUCCUAGCCGUCGUACUUGUUUGCGUUCUCCGGCAGAGGAGAAGGAUCGAGGAGAACGAGGAAUCACAAGAUAAUGCAGGGGAGGGCAUGAACUAUAUUAGUCUGCAUGUGUUAAGAACCGCAACAUCCAAUUUUUCUAUACAAAAUAAACUGGGAGAGGGAGGAUUCGGAGAGGUUUUUAAGGGUGAAUUGCAAGAUGGACAGGUAAUAGCCGUCAAAAGGCUGUCGAAGAACUCUGCUCAAGGGUUCGAGGAGCUGAAAAAUGAGCUAGUGUUAGCUAACAGUCUCAAGCACAAGAAUCUGGUGCAGCUUCUUGGCGUUUGCUUGCAAGAGAAACUGUUGGUGUACGAAUACAUGCCUAAUGGAAGCCUAGACGCUGCCCUUUUCGAUUCGGAGAAGGCAUACCAACUGGAUUGGACGAAAAGACACGCGAUCAUCUGUGGGAUCGCUCGAGGUCUACUGUAUCUCCACGAGGAGUCUCGUUUAAAAGUUAUACACCGUGAUCUGAAGCCAAGCAACGUCUUACUGGACCUGGAUAUGAACCCCAAGAUCUCAGACUUUGGUCUGUCCAGGGCUUUCCGUGGAGAUGAAUCGAUCGACAUAACAAAAAGGCCUGUCGGUACGCUUGGAUACAUGUCUCCAGAGUAUGCAUACUGUGGGCACGUCUCUACCAAGUCAGACAUGUACAGUUUCGGGGUCAUAGUUCUAGAGAUGGUGACCAGGCGGCGGAACAAUAGGUCAUUCGAAAAUGCAGCCUCCGGAUUUCUGCUGAGCUACGUAUGGGAGAAGUGGAACGCAGGUUCCAUGGAAGAGGCGGUCGACCCUGCCCUGGAAGGACGCUAUCCCGAAAGCGAGGCGCUCAACUGCGUGCAGAUCGGGCUGCUAUGCGUCCAGGAGAACCCCGGCGCCAGGCCGGACGCGUCGGAGGUGGUUCUGAUGCUCGACAGCCUGAGCCACUCCACGUCCUCCAUGCGGGUACCCUCGAGGCCGGCCUUCUGCUUCGCGCAAAGCGGCGUUGCCUCGGCGGGGAGAGGAAAUCAGGUGUUCGAUUACCAGGGUGCUGCGGCCAACGGCCGCCAGCUGCCUGCCCCAGUUUCAGAAAACGGCGUGACAACUUCCGACCUCCAGCCUAGAUAGAACAGAGGCAUCCGGCGAUGGCGAUAAAUCGGACUCACUGCCUUCUUUUUUCUUAGUGCUUUUGUUUUAUAGGACUCCCUGUUAAUUUACUCAUCUAACUGUUGGUUGCGCUUUGGUACAACGGUUACAACAUGACAAGACUAUAGAGAAUGGCGUGGAACAAGAACAACUGUAGUGGCAAUAAGUCACUUGUAUCCUGCGAGUUGCUUAGUGACAGUAUGUUUGUGUUUUCUUUGUUUAAUACUGGGUUUUUUUAUCUGUGUAAUAAACGUUGUAAUAAACAUGGGCUCUGUGCAUCCGUUGAUGCAGACGUCGCAAGAAAUAAAGCUUUCAUUUUCUCA